AUGAGACUUUACUACCGUGGAGCGGCUUUUUGCAAAAAGAUGAGGGAGAAACUCAGUAAGAUGUCGGAAAAUCGAAAUAUACGAGAUCACAAACAUUGCUCGCAGCUAAAACUAAAAGACGUUAGAAAGCUUUUUGUAAAGAUCCCGAUACCGGCCGGCUCCCUGACCGAAAAGACUAACGGACUAAUCCCUUAUCUCGAAUCGGAGAUGCUAACGGGGCGGGAAUCGAAGUGGGGGACCUCUCUACCGCCUGUGUCUAUCUCCUGUCAAGUAUGCUUUCCAGACAUAGACUACGUACAGGGUAGUACUCUUGGAAAGAUAGAAUCUCACCGGGUAUAA